AAGUGGGAUAUUUGAAAACUGUCUCUGCCAGUUGAACGCAAGCUUUUUCAACGCAAAAAGAGGAAAGGGAUCACAUAAAAUCAAAGAGAUGGAGGAAGAGGAACACACAGACAGGAAACAACAACUUGCCAUGCUUUAUCAAAAGCUUAACAAAAUUAAGAAGUGUCUUCAUGAUGAUGACACUGACAACCAGGUCAUUAGGUCAAAUUCGCCUGAAUCAUGCCUCUCGUAUUUGAUGGAAUUGGAAAAGAAAGGAGAUCCUCAUGUUGAUCAUAGCCAUCUCACUAGACUUCUAGACUUUUAUACAAGAGUAUUUUCUAAUCUGCCACUUGGAAAACACAGUCAAAAUGAAAGCUAUGCCAAGAUGCUGGUCAGAUUUGCAGAGCUUAAAGUAAUUCAGGAUGUCAAUGAGGCAGAGGCUAAUUUUAAGUUGGCAAGAUCUCACAGUCAGAGCUUUGCAUUUGUCCAUAUUGCUUAUGCAAAAUUUGAGGUUUCUCAAGAAAACACAAAGAGGGCUGUUUAUAUUCUUCAAAGUGCUAUUGAAGUUGGUGCUAAACCAAAGGAGCUGCUGGAGGAUGAAUUGCAGAAGAUACAAUGUGGGAAAUUGCAGCAAUCAGAUUUGGAAGAUAAAGAGAAUUUGCCAUCAUCAUCAAACAAUAAUGUCAGUGACUCUGUCAAGAAAGUAACAGAGUUCAGUAAAAUAAGCAGAAUAUCAGAUGGUACAGGAGACUUAAAAAUGUCCAGUAAUUUUGGUUCAAGAUCUGAAACAUGCAGUGGAUCAGAUGAUCAACUACCUGUUUGGAGGUCUGCAACUCGACACAAGAGACCUGUUGGCUUGCCAGGGAGAGUUCCUGUUGUUCCCUUUUCUAUUCCUGAAAAUGAUGACAACUGCAUUAAUGGAAAAUCUUCAGUUAGUGCCCCAAGUAUGUCUGGGUAUCUGUCUGCUUCCAGUGUUACCAGCAUGUCCAAAUUGUGUUCUGCUAAGAAAAAUCUGGCAGACAGGGACCCGGUCAUUGUCCAAACGCAUGCUUUAAGUCCAGAACCCUGGGAGGGCAAAAUUGACUCUACCACAGCACUUCUAAACACAAAAGACACCUCACGGAUGGAAGAUUUAACAUUCAAUAUCGACCAGAUUGUCAACAAACAAUCUCCUGAGACAUGUUGGACUCACCUCAAGAAUCUAGAGAAGAGGGGAAAUCCACAAAUGGACAGUAAUUUUCUCAUCAAACUGAAGGACUGCUACUCAAAGAUAUUUGCAAAAAUGCCAAUAAGACAAUACAGUAAAAAUCCAAGCUAUGCUAAGAUGUUGGUUCGAUAUGCAGAACUCACAGGUAUUACAGACCCAGAUGAUGCACAAGACCAUUUCAUAGUUGCAAGAUCAAACUGCAAAGCAUUUGCUUUUGUCCACAUAGCUUAUGCCCAGUUUGAAGUUACCCAAGGUAAUGUUAUGAAGGCAAGUUCUAUUCUUCACAAAGCUCAGAUGUUAAAUGCCAGACCAAUUGAGCUUUUAGAUUUAGCCAUACGGAAUCUCAAAGAUGGACAGAACCAGUUGGUACCCAACAACGAAGACCAGUCAGUGGACUGCCAGAACGAGCAAGAAAAUGGAGUUCCUAAUUUGGCAGGGGAGAACUUCCCACUUCCACAGGAAGUCCCAGUGAAUCAAAAGGUAGAACAGCCUAUAUGUACCAGUAAGGAGUCUGCACCUGAGUGGAAAGUUCCACAUAUUCGCCAGGUGUCACCAGAGGUUAAACAAGAGACUCCUCCUGAUCCAAGGCUACAGUCUGAAUCUGUGGCCUCAUUUCCCACUCCAUCCUUUCAGCCUGCACCCAAACGUAACCCACAAAUGGUCUAUCAAACACCCGACAACUAUAGAAAUCCUUUCCCUAACAGCUUUAUUACCCCUGUUGUAAAGAGAUGUGCCGAAGAGCCUUGCUCCACAGCGUCAACAAACACAGCCCGACCUAUGCAUGAGCUAUUUACACCACAAAACCAAGUCAUUUUCCAAACUCCACAAUCUUCCAUUCCAACAAUAUCAAAUGACUCCAUUACUAUCAAGGGCAAGCAAUUCUUCAUUCUGAAAAUAAUUGGCCGUGGUGGAUCUAGCAAGGUCUACCAGGUUCUUGAUCAUAAAAAGCAGUUGUUUGCUGUGAAAUAUGUGGACUUGGAGGAGGCUGAUCCGCAGACAGUGGAAAGUUACAAAAAUGAAAUUGAGCACUUAAACCAUUUGCAGCAGUACAGCGAUCAAAUUAUAAAGCUCUAUGAUUAUGAAAUAACCAACAGCUACAUCUACAUGCUGAUGGAAUGUGGAAACCUGGAUCUAAACACCUGGUUACGAAACCGGAAAUCGGUUAAUCCUCUGGAGAGGAAGUUUUACUGGAAGAAUAUGCUGGAGGCUGUACACACCAUUCACAAACAUGGGAUUGUACACAGUGACUUGAAACCAGCUAAUUUUGUCAUUGUGAAUGCCUCACUGAAGUUGAUUGACUUUGGAAUUGCAAACAAAAUCCAGCCUGAUGUAACAAGCAUUAUGAAAGACUCACAAGUAGGCACUCUGAACUAUAUGCCCCCUGAAGCCAUCAAGGACACUUCAUCCCAAGGAAAGGCCCGUUCAAAGAUCAGCCCUAAAGGAGAUGUGUGGUCACUUGGUUGUAUCCUGUACUGUAUGACCUAUGGAAAGACCCCAUUCCAAAGCAUCACAAAUCAAAUCGCAAAGCUUCAUGCCAUCAUUGAUCCCACUCAUAAGAUUGACUUUCCUGACAUAUCCGAGAAGGACUUACUCGACGUAUUAAAGAGGUGCUUGGUACGGAAACCCAAAGAGAGAAUUUCAAUUGCAGAGCUUCUGGAGCAUCCUUACCUUCAACUAAAGCCACAAGCUUCACCUGAGCAGGAGCGGCCGUGCAAUCGUGAUCUCCAGAAAAUCCUUACAGAUCUUGCAGCUCUCCAGUCCCCAAACAGCAUUGUCCGCGCUGCUAAUAAUCUUGCUCGAAUGUGCAGCAGUGGUAGAAAGCUGGAUGUUGCUGAGUGUGCAAAGUCUUCAACCUGACUGGAGAUGUGACGGGCUUUUUUUUUCCACGU